CAACGCCUCUCUCUCCACCCAGAAAGGUUCAGUGAGGACUGGGAAAUUUUAGGGAUUUAUAUUUUUUGGGGUCCUUCUAAGCCUUCCACUGUUUUCCUCGCUCUGGCUGUCUUCUUCUCUCAAUCCCUAUCUUCGAACUCGUCCCCCCUUCCCGAUUCGGAUCAUUGAUAACCCUAAUUUACGGCGAAACCCUCGUCUGUCUUUUCCCCAACCUGAAAUUGGAGGAUUCCGAGCUAUCGCGAGUUUCGUUUUUGUUGUCGUGUUAAGGGUCGAUUCGUGUGAUUAGCUAGGGUUUAGGUGCUGCUCUGAGUUUGCCUGAAGGGCUUGAUUCGUAAGAAGUUUGUAUGCCGAAAGAUGAGUUCCUUCUCGAUCACCAAAGAAGACGCCAUUUCAGAAACACAGAGAAGAAGAAGAAGCCAAGAAGAAGAGAGCUGAAGAUGAAACGGCUCGUCUGUAUCAGGAAUUCUUGGAAUCGUUUCAAGGAGACAGCACAGCUAAGACCUUUGUUCGAGGUGACUAUCAACCCUAAUGACAAGCCCAAGACUGCUUCCGAAGGUGAAAAGUCGAAAGAUGGGGGUUCCGUUUCAAAGAAGGGAAGUAGGUAUGUACCCUCUUUCCUUCCUCCACCUAUGGCAUCUAAGGGUAAAGAACCUGAGAAGAAGAGGGAGGAAGAGAGAUCAAAGGAGAGAGAAAAGGGGAAGACACGGAAUAUAGAUCAUUUCAUGGAGGAGCUGAAACGUGAACAAGAAAUGAGAGAGAGGCGAAACCAGGAACGGGGGACCUCCCGUGACCGUCAUGGUGAUAGCUCUGCACCAUCUAGCCGCUUUGAUGAGCUACCUGAUGAUUUUGAUCCCAGUGGAAGGCCGGGAUCGUUUGACGACGGCGACCCACAAACUACGAAUUUAUAUGUUGGGAAUCUUUCACCUAAGGUUGAUGAAAAUUUUCUUCUGCGAACUUUUGGAAGAUUUGGGCCUAUAGCCAGUGUCAAAAUCAUGUGGCCAAGGACAGAAGAGGAGCGAAGGCGGCAAAGAAAUUGUGGUUUUGUUUCUUUCAUGAAUAGAGCUGAUGGACAAGCAGCAAAAGAUGAAAUGCAAGGAGUAGUUGUGUAUGACUAUGAAUUGAAAAUUGGAUGGGGUAAGGCAGUUGCUCUACCAUCACAAGCCUUACCUGCUCCGCCACCUGGACAUAUGGCUAUUCGGAGUAAGGAGGGCUGCAAGGUGAUUUAUUCUGGCCCAUCAGGUCCACCAAUAACUUCGGUACCUGCACAAAAUUCUGAGCUGGUUCUUACCCCAAAUGUUCCGGAUAUCACUGUUAUUCCUCCUGACAACGAGCACCUCAGACAUGUAAUUGAUACAAUGGCUCUCUAUGUACUGGAUGGGGGAUGUGCUUUCGAACAAGCUAUCAUGGAAAGGGGUCGUGGGAAUCUUCUUUUUAACUUCUUGUUUGAGCUUGGCUCAAAAGAGCAUACUUACUAUGUCUGGAGACUCUAUUCCUUCGCUCAGGGUGACACCCUUCAAAGGUGGAGAAUGGAGCCAUUUAUGAUGAUUACUGGAAGUGGAAGAUGGAUACCACCACCAUUACCAGCUGCUAGGAGCCCAGAGCAUGAAAAAGAGUCUGCAAGCACAUAUGCAGCAGGAAGAAGCAGGCGUGUGGAAGCUGAACGGACUCUCACUGAUCCUCAAAGGGAUGAGUUUGAGGACAUGUUGCGUGGUCUAACUUUAGAGAGGAGACAGAUAAAAGAAGCAAUGGGUUUCGCUUUGGAUAACGCUGAUGCAGCUGGAGAGGUUGUUGAAGUCCUGACAGAGUCCUUGACACUAAAAGAAACACCAAUUCCGACUAAAGUUGCAAGGCUCAUGCUUGUAUCCGACAUUCUUCAUAACAGUAGCGCGCCUGUUAAAAAUGCCUCUGCAUACAGAACCAAAUUCGAAGCACUCCUACCUGAUAUAAUGGAAAGCUUCAAUGAUUUAUAUCGCAGUAUAACAGGAAGGAUAACUGCCGAGGCUCUUAAAGAACGAGUUCUCAAAGUACUGCAAGUAUGGUCAGACUGGUUUCUUUUCUCAGAUGCAUACAUAAAUGGACUAAGAGCCACGUUUCUCCGGUCUGGGAACUCUGGUGUCACCCUGUUUCAUUCUAUCUGUGGUGAUGCACCUGAAAUAGAGAAGAAAAGCCACGCAGAAGAUAUGGCCACUGUGGGUAGGACCAGUGGCGACGGUGCACUGGCAAUGGGCAAAGGAGCUGCAAGGCAAGAACUGAUGAAUCUACCAAUUGCUGAGCUUGAAAGACGCUGCCGACACAAUGGGCUGUCUCUCGUAGGUGGUAGAGAAAUGAUGGUUGCUCGGCUGUUAAGCCUUGAAGAUGCAGAGAAGCAAAGGGGUUAUGAUCUGGUAGAUGAAAAUCUUAAACAUCCACAGGGCCAAUCAACUUGGGAAGGAGUUAGCCAUGAUCAUGAGCUGAUGAGGAACAGUUAUGAAGAGAUUGAAGCUAGAGAGCCUGUGAAUCUGGCUACAACGCUACCGAUCCCGCAGCCUGACCUUAAAGCAUUCACGAGAAAAGAGAAAAAUGAGCCCGUUUUGCCAGCAUCCAGAUGGGCGAGAGAGGAUGAUGAAACUGAAGAUGAACAAAAAAGAAGCUACUCUUCUGGAAGUGAUAAUCUUGGCAGGGCACCUUCUAAGGCUGACGAAGAUGAUUUCAAGGCUGAUGCAAGUAUUCGUAUUCAACCUCAACCUGACAAUGGAAUGGACGAGGAACAAAGAAAAAAGCUUAGACGUGUGGAAGUUGCUUUGAUAGAGUACCGUGAAUCUCUUGAGGAACAGGGAGUGAAGAACACUGAGGAGAUCGAGAGGAAAGUUGCGAUCCACCGAAAGAGGCUUGAAGCUGAUUAUGGCUUAUCAGGGUCUAAUGGCCAUGAAAAUCAGAGAUCAUCAGGGGAUCGGAGUGAGAGGCGAGAAGAAUCUCGAGAGUCUUCAAGAAAGAGAUACCGCAGCGAGAGCCAAAGCCCUCCACGGAAAUCAUCAGCGAGGGAGAGAGAUCAUGACAUGGACCGAGACAGAGAUAGAUACAAAGACAAAGGCCAAGAACGACGGGAAAAAAGCACCAGCCGCGAGAGAGACGAUCAUGACAGAGGCAGAGAUAGGGAUUGGCGGAGAAGAGGGAUCAGGUGA